ACUCAAAUAUGCGUGUAAGAACUGUUAUUUGGCAUAGAGAGAACACAUGCUUUGAUACUAGUCGGGAUAACCGUCACUUAACAAUACAAGUUGCCUUGACCGAUCGGUGCUUAUUAAAGUAGUCUCAUAAAGAGCUUAUUGUGAACGUAUUAAAGGUGUCAUUGGGUCGCUUAAGCUCAAUUUUGGUCUUUGCCACACCGUUCGAAGGGAUACACUCCCUUGCAAUUGCAAUUGGUUGCUCUUGACUCCAGUAGUUCUACUUCAGCGAGUUCGUAAGGUUAGCUCGAAUUGUAAUGGACUUCGACUGUUUGGCCCAUGUGCCAUGAGUAGCCAGCGCCCAAUAGGGACGGCGAGCUCCUCGCGGGCGACGCCGUCCAGCUCCUCGCCGUCAUCGUUGGCCACUCGACCACCGCGGGUUGCGAGUACUCCAGCAAAGGACGCGGGGCGGGCCACAUCGGGCACUGCAAAUAGUGUGAAUGGUCGCACCGGAACGCACGCAAGCGCCUCAGCUCGCAGCUCGGCAGCAGCAGCAGCGGCGGCGGCAUCUGCAUCUGCAGCAGCAGCUGGAGGGGAUGUCGAUGGCGGGGAGGAGCUUGUGGCGCAACUGCAGGAGCGGCUACAGCAGCUAGAGGCUGAGUACAAGGCGAGUCAGGACACGGCGCAGUGGACCAUCAAGCAGAACAAAAACACGCUGCUGGCGCUUAAGCAGGAGAACAAGGACCUCUCAGCCGAGGUGGCGAGGCGGGGAGGUAGCACGGAACUGCAGUGCAAGACGGGGACAGCAACGGAUGGUGAGAAGGUUAUCGAGCGAUUGGAGCGGCAGGUGCACGAGCUGCGAAGAGCGUACGACAAGGUAGUCAAGGACAAGAAGACUGCCUUACAGAAGCUUGACAACCUGCACGACAGUCUCAAGGAUAUGGCAAAGGUAUCCGCAGCAGCAGCAAGCGCAGCAGCAGCCACAUCCGCCGUCAAUGCCUCGUCAAGCGCCGCCAACGGCGCUGCCGGCGGCGUCAACGCUAGCCUCGCUAGCGCCGCCAGUACGGCUGCCAUCGCCGCCGCUGCCGCUGCCCUGCCGCCCAGCAGCCCCGCGGCUCGGGAGUUGCGGCAGUUGCAAAAUCGGUUGGAUAAGGCGGUUGUGAAGGCGAACGAGGCGUACAGCAUACGCAAGACGUAUGAGCAGGUGGUUGAGAAGCUGCGCUCGGAGGAGCCGCUGCUGGAGGCUCGCAUCCGGGGGCUGGAGGAGCAGCGCGCAACCAAGCAGGCGGCACUGCAGGCCAUCACGCUCACCGCCCGCGACGUGCACUCCGCCAAGGACAGCGCCAAGGCGGCUCUGGUGGCGCUGGAGGCGGAGGUGGCGGGCAACCGGGGCAGGCGGGCGCGUGUGCUGGCGGAGAUGAGGGACAAGGCGUCCACGCUGCAGCAAACCAACCGAGCCCUGCUACAGCGUCAAUUCCAGCCCCUCACCACCGCUGCAUCCCCCUCCACCUCCGCCUCACUCGACCUGGAGUCAUCAGCCGCCCUGACUGCCGCCUCCAGCAACCACCACCACCACCUCCAUGCGAAAGCCCUACGGCCGUCUCCAGAUGCAGUAUCGUCCGACACACACGUAUCCGAAGAGGCGGAUAUAACCGCGCGGGAUCUGGUAAUACAGCUGUGUCGUACGACGGGAUCCAGGCGGGUUUCGGAGCUGCUAGCGCGGUUGCUUGCGCAGCAGGAGUCGUACAAGGGGCUGCUGGAGAUGCGGUCUCAGGCGGCGGCGCAGCGGCUGGCGCUGGUGCAGGAACUGGAGGUGUUGCGGUCGCACCGAGACGAGAUGCGGGACGGCGGCAAGAUGUCUACUCAGAAGCAAAUGGACGCGGCGCAGGAGGAGCUCCGCGCUGCCACCGCCCGCGCCGAGGCCGCCUCCGAGGUGCUGGACUGCCUGCUGCGCGGCGUGGCGGCGGUGCGGGGCGGACUGGCGCACCUGGCGACCAUGACGGCGCCGCUGCCGCUGCCGGCGGGGGCGGCGGCCGGCGGGCAGCCGCCGCUGCUGGCGCUGGCCGGGGCGUCAGGCGGGGGUGCGGGCGGCGGGGGUCAGCUGGAGGAUGAGAGCCUGGGUGAGGUGCUGGCGCAGGUGGAGACGAGGCUGGUGGGCGCGUACCGACUGAUCACGUCGCUGCCCAAGGCGGUGGACUUGUUGGAGUCGCAGUAUGCGGCCAUCAAGAACGAGUGAAGGAGGAACGUGAGGGAGGGACGUGGGAAGGGGGACUGGGGAAGGAUAGAAAGGUAACGGGGAGGAGGGGGGGGAGUAAGGAGGGAGCAGGAAGGUGUGGGAAGUGGUAGCGCACAUGUUGGGCGGUGUCGUCCUUUGAGGAGGUGGUGUUAGCAACCCCCACACUAGAAGGAUAGUCAGGACUACUAGGAAGUUGGGUGGCGAGUAAGAUGGGUGUGACUGCGCUAAUAACAAUUUUGGUAACACGCUUGGACAUUAGUGGCAUGUGCGACGGGCGCGUUCCGGACCACCGCAUAGGUGGUUCAUAGACUGCGGAUGGCCAUCGCAUGGCAUGGCUCAUGUGUACUUCAUGCGAAUUAGGUUUGAAGUGGCGGUGUGAUCCCUGACGGGACCCUAACUAGCGUCGGCUACAAUACACGUCCUGGAAGGAAGGAGAGGAUGAUGGAGGCCACACAGCGUAGCAGCAGUAGCAGUAGCAAAGCGCCCGACUACUGCUUUAAGAGUUCUGCCUUGAAAUGAUUCUGGCGCGGAUGGGAUGCAAACUGUUGUACUAUACCGUAUGCACAAGGGCCCCAUCAACCACCCAUAGUACGUUACACCCCUGAGGGGGCUAGUGCAAGAAGGAGCGCUGUGCCUUAGAGCCUUACUCGGCAUGCACCCGCGAUGGACACCAUCCGUGCACGUAAGAGAGUCGAACCCUUCACACACGUAUACUGCUUGGUGUAAUACGCGAGGGCCUGAA